AUGCUUAAUUUCUUUUAAUCGAUUUGCUGCUUUUCCAAUCGUGAGAAGCCUGACAAAGCCAACAGACCUAUCUAAAAACCAGCUCAAGCUAUGUCUAUUUAACCUGUAAUAACCGAGAACACGUAGAGUCAAGUCUUAGAAAAUGAUAUCAUAGAAACGGAUUAAUACCUUCAAUUAGACAACCAAUACUAUAUUGAAUAACUGGAGUAUAUAUACAUUCUUAUUUCAUCAGUUUCCAAUCCUCUAGUGAUAUUCCAUCUACUCAACAGCCUUCUGACUUCAUGUUGUAGGAAGAAGGAAUAAACUACUAACCUAUGCAAGAAGAAAUUGACCAAAGUGCCAAAAAGGAGCUAACUGCAACUAGAAAAGUAUAAUUCAUUUCUAUUUCUACUAGAAAAGAGUACUCAAACUUUGGGACGCCACUGAAGAUGCUCAAUUACGCAUCCAGUAUGAAAAACACAAUGGGAAAUGGAAUGAAAUUGCUAAGCAUAUGCCUGGAAGAAAUGUCUCUUAAUGUUGUUAAAGAUGGAGAAGAUUGCAACCAGUCAAGAUUGUAUUAUAUUGUAUAUAUUUAUAGAUUAAAAGAAAAUAAUGGACUUAAGUAGAAGAUGAAAAAAUCCUUGAAUUAGUCUAAUAACAUGGAAAAAAUUGGAAAUUGAUCGCUUUACGUAAAAAUUAAUUCAACUAUAGUGCCUUAGACUUUCCGGGUAUUUUGAGUAAACAAAUAAGAGAACGUUAUAUAAAUAAAAUCGAUCCUGAAAUUAAUACUGGACCUUGGACUGAAGCUGAAGAUGCAACCAUCAUCAAAUUGUAUUAGGAAUAUGGAGGAAAAUGGAGUCUAAUUUCAUCCCAUCUGAAAGGGAGGCCUGUAUGUUUAUAAAUUAAUCUCUAGGAAAAUAUGGUCAAAAAUCGAUUCUACUGUUAUAUCAGAAGAGUUCAUCUUGGUGUUUAAAAUCCAUACUAGAUUGUUUAUCAUGAGAAUUCUGACAGUGAACAAGAAAAUUCUAACGAUGAAAUGGAAUUUGAAUGA